AUGUCCGCCGCCCAGGAUGCGCCGCUAUUCCACAGCACGCUCGACGAGUACAUGGAGGAGGAUGAAGAAGACGAGAGGGAUCGCGAGGCUGCGGAUAUGGCCGCCCUUCACAUGUCUCGGCGUGUGGCCGCCGCGAGCAAGAUGGCAGAGAGCUCCGAGACGGAACCAGACGCUAGCCGCGGCUCGUUGGAACAGAGCAGCGAAAUACCGGGCCGAAGAUACCAGGAUCGCGGGCUGCGGAGAGGUAUUCGCAGCAGUUGGAACGGUACGAGGAGCUUCAGUGGACGGAAUCGUGGGAGGGAUGUCAUAGACGAAGAGUCGGAGGAUGUCCCGCGAGAAACAUCCGACCGGGAAUCAGAUACGAAUCCUAAAAUGGUCGACAUCGGGCUAGAUUCCCAGAUCAUGGACGACGACGACCCAUCUGCGUCGCUGCUGAACGAGGCGGCUACGGACUCGAGCCCGCCCGCCUUCCAGAAGUUCCAAUCCAAGUCCGGAGACCGCAAAUUUCCACUGAGGAGGGAAGCUACUCGGGAAGAUGACUUUGACGAGGCCCGCCGGGCCAGCUCCGACGAUGAGGCUCUGCCUGCCACUGUUCCCCUGGUCGAAGGAGAACUAUUCAAGUACGACCCAUUCUUCGCCUGGAUCUUCCUUAUUGCGCUUGCCGGUCUGGUGUCUACAUUUGUGCUUGUCUGGCUACACACAGGCACGCCCAAGAAAGGAUGGGGUGACACCGUCUAUACAACAUUACAAGCAUCCUUUCACAUGCUCGCCGUGGAUACCCUGAUUUCGAUUCUGGUAUCCUUUGUGUGGCUCGCGGCGCUUCGAUCCUUUGCUAGGCCGCUGGCCAUGGUGAUUCUCGUUGCAGUACCCAUCAUCAUGUUCUCAUUCACACUUUACCCCUUUAUUUCUAGCUACGAGGGCAGAUCACAUGGGACCAGUUUCCAAGAUCGAGCGAUGCGAUGGGCUGCUCUCGUCCCUGGCAUCGCAGCCUGCGUCUGGGUGUACACGGCUUGGCAGGGCCGCAACGCCAUCCGCCAGGCGAUUGAGAUAUUGGAAUUCUCCACGAGAAUUCUUGCAGCAAACACGGCACUACUCGCCUUGGGUUUCAGUUGUCUCGCGAUAAUAGUAACGUGGACCUGGGUCUGGAUGUGGAUGUUCUCGAGGAUCUUCUUGGGAGGAUACUUCUCCAGAAGACUUGCCAGGUUCAUCAUCAGCGUGUCCAGCUGGUGGCUGGGUAUCUGGUUCGUGUUGAUGUACAUGUGGACGAUCGGAGUCAUCAACGCGGUGCAACGGGCGACUACAGCAGCGACAGUGUCCCAAUGGUACUUCCACCGCAACGCGGCGCCGGCCCCGACGUCGGCGGAGAUUGUCACGGCUGCGCUUAACCACGCGACUACGACCAUCUUUGGCAGCAUCUGCGAGUCGACGUUGAUUGCGCUGCUUAUUCGGGUGCCGCUGCUCGUGCUGCCACGCAAGCUGGCUAAUAUCCUGCAGCACAUUGCUGCCAUGUGGAUUCCGACACCCAUCGCAGCGCUCACGAACCCUCUUACCAUUACCUACGGAGCGAUUCACUCGCAGAAUCUCCACACGGCGGCUCGCGGUUUCAGCCAGAUGGAUUUCUUAUCCCCGCAGCGCCCUACGACAACACUGACACCGCAUGUGUUCAGCACGCGUCGGUCCAGUCACUCCCCUUUACUUCCUUAUCGGCUCGCAAAGAUGCUUCUGUAUGCGACACGGUUCAUCAUGGCGACGGGACUUGGUUUUGCAGGAUGGGUUAUGACGGCGAAGCAGCUCUCUGUCGCUCUGCCGGACGGAAUGGGAGUACGGGGCUCGGCGUACGCAUACGUGGUUGGCAUAGUAGCUAGUUUUAUUGGAUUUUCGGUCAUGGGUGCCAUGGAAGGCAUUCUCAGUGGCAUUCUGGAUGCGGUCGUCAUCUGCUACGGCAGCGAGCGGCGGAUGGCCAGCGGAGGUGGCGCCUACUGCAUGGAGGCGGCCUACCUCUUUGGAGAGAGAAGACGGGACGAGAGAGGCCUUCCAUGA